AUGAACGCCUUCGUCCCCGCCUCCCUCGCGCGCCCCGUCCUUCGCGACAGCCAUUUCACCCCUCCGCUGUCGUCGCGGUCCCCGGUGCGCCCCUCCGUGGGCCCCACCAUGAAUACCGACAUCGACCUCACGCUAGGGAAGUACGACAAGAUGUCUCGCUCCGAGACCGCUCCUGCCGUCCCCUCGACACCGUCCAGCGUGUGGCGCAGCUACUUGGACACCGUCAAUGCCAAACAGUGCAACCCGUUUGAGAAGCCCAACAAGGUCUCCGCCCCUAUCGUCAGUCGCCCAUUCAUGAACGGCGUCUUGUAUAACGCUAAAAUGACAAAAGACUACUACGAGAUCCGAGCGAUCGGCACGGGCUUCGGCUCUGUGCCCAUAGGCAACCCGGACAAGCUCUGCUCGCCUUCUCCCGCUGUUGAUAGCUACAUGGCCAAGUGCGUUACCGCGCAGUACAAGAUGACUGCCGCGCCGUAUGGCGUGUACACCAUCAAGUGCACGGAAGGCAACGUCAAACAGCAAGCGGAGGAGUCUCGUUCGGCCGCGCUUUCGGCUGAGUUUCGCAUGAAACAGCGCUCCGUCAAGGCUAAGUUUGGCGAUUAUACCGAGACCAGGCGCAAGGCCAUCAUCGCCGCUAUGGGAUGUACCUACGAGGAGAAGCUCGUCAACUUGUAUCCUGUUGCUGCCCGCGCUGUCGUUCGCGGUAGUAGCGAAGCCAAGGGAAAUUGCGUGCGCUAUGCAGUCUCAACCUCGCCAGCAGAGGAGUACAUGGCCGCUUCCGUGGAUAAGCAGUACAAGUUCCGGGCCGUGCCAUACGGGGUGUAUGAUGUGCUCUGCUGUGAUGGCAAUACGAAGACCGUCCCAGAGUAUAAGCGGGUUGCCGCUCUCGCCACUCGCUUUAGGGCCAAGCAAAUGUCUCUACUGGCGAAGGAAAGGGCCAAGUAUGAAAGUGCCAAGUAUGCGAGGGAUUAUUACGGCCAUGGGUGCUCAUACGAGGAGAAUAUUUUUAACUCCUAUGCGGCCGUCUCGUCUUCAAUGCGCCCGGAUUCUGCAAGGUAUUAG